AUGCUGAACGGUGCUCCGAUCUUCGAAGUCACGACCGACGCGUUCUCGAACGUCCCGCAGAACGCGAACAAGUCGAACCCGGUCAAACUCGUGGGGUGCGACGGGGCUGACGAAGAGACGAACCGGAUCUGUGACGAGUUCCCCAUGUACAUGAAGAUCGACUACAUCCGACUAUACCAAGACCUGAGCGAAGACCUUCCUGCCGAUAGCUACAUGCAGCUCGGUUGUGAUCCUAAGAGCCACCCGACCAAGGAGUGA